CUCGCUCUCUUCGCGUGCAUCGUGCAACCCCGAAGAUGAAAGACCGACGGGGAGAAAGUUAAAGAAAUCACCCACAUGCGCUGGAUCAGUCCACGGCUUGGGGAAAGGCGUCCAGAGAAGGUGGGAGCGGAGAGUUUGAAGUCUUUACCGGCGGGAAGAUGGCGGACUGGGGCUGAAAGUGUGGAUUGGGAAACUUGGGUGAUUCUUGUGUUUAUUUACAAUCCUCUUGACCCAGGCAGGACACAUGCAGGCCAAAAAACGCUAUUUCAUCCUGCUCUCUGCCGGCUCUUGUCUCGCCCUUUUGUUUUAUUUCGGAGGCGUGCAGUUUAGGGCAUCGAGGAGCCACAGCCGGAGAGCAGAGCACAGUGGUCGCAAUGGCUUGCACCAGCCCAGUCCGGAUCAUUUCUGCCCCUUCUUCCCUUGGGAUCCAUUGGAGAACGAGGAUUCCGGUGUGCACGUUUCCCCUCGGCAGAAGCGAGACGCCAACUCGAGCAUCUACAAAGGCAAGAAGUGCCGCAUGGAGUCCUGCUUCGAUUUCACCCUUUGCAAGAAAAAUGCCUUCAAGGUCUACGUCUACCCGCAGCAAAAGGGGGAGAAGAUCGCUGAAAGUUACCAAAACAUUCUAGCGGCCAUCGAGGGCUCCAGGUUCUACACCUCGGACCCCAGCCAGGCGUGCCUCUUUGUCCUGAGUCUGGAUACCUUAGAUAGAGACCAGUUGUCACCUCAGUAUGUGCACAACUUGAGAUCCAAAGUGCAGAGUCUUCACUUGUGGAACAAUGGUAGGAAUCAUUUAAUUUUCAAUUUAUAUUCCAGCACUUGGCCUGACUACACCAAGGACAUGGGGUUUGACAUCGGCCAGGCGAUGUUGGCCAAGGCCAGCAUCAGUACUGAAAACUUCCGACCCAACUUUGAUGUUUCUAUUCCCCUCUUUUCUAAGGAACACCCCAGGACAGGAGGAGAGAGGGGUUUUUUAAAGUUUAACACCAUCCCUCCUCUCAGGAAGUACAUGCUGGUGUUCAAAAGGAAGAGGUAUCUGACAGGGAUAGGGUCAGACACCAGGAAUGCCUUAUAUCACGUUCAUAAUGGGGAGGACGUCUUGCUCCUCACCACCUGCAAGCAAGGUAAAGACUGGCAAAAGCACAAGGAUUCUCGCUGUGGCAGAGUCAACACGGAGUACGAGAAGUAUGAUUAUCAGGAAAUGCUGCACAAUGCCACUUUCUGUCUGGUUCCUUGUGGUUGCAGGCUUUGGUCCUUCAGAUUUCUGGAGGCUUUGCAGACUGCCUGUGUUCCUGUGAUGCUCAGCAAUGGAUGGGAGUUACCAUUCUCUGAAGUGAUUAACUGGAACCAAGCUGCCGUCAUUGGCGACAACAGAUUGUUAUUACAGAUCCCUUCUACAAUCAGGUUUAUUCAUCAGGAUAAAAUCCUAGCACUUAGACAGCAGACACAGUUCUUGUGGGAGGCUUAUUUUUCUUCAGUUGAGAAGAUUGUAUUAACUACACUAGAGAUUAUUCAGGACAGAAUAUUCAAGCACAUAUCACGUAACAGUUUAAUAUGGAACAAACAUCCUGGAGGGUUGUUUGUCCUGCCACAGUAUUCAUCUUAUCUGGGAGAUUUUCCUUAUUACUACGCUAAUUUAGGUUUAAAGCCCCCUUCCAAAUUCACUGCUGUCAUCCACGCAGUGACCCCCCUGGUCUCUCAGUCCCAGCCAGUGUUGAAGCUUCUCGUGGCUGCAGCCAAGUCCCAGUACUGUGCCCAGAUCACAGUUCUAUGGAAUUGUGACAAGCCCCUACCAGCCAAACACCGCUGGCUUGCCACUACUGUGCCUGUUAUCGUCAUUGAAGGAGAAAGCAAGGUGAUGAGCAGCCGGUUUCUGCCCUAUGACAACAUCAUCACAGAUGCUGUGCUCAGCCUUGACGAGGACACUGUGCUUUCAACAACCGAGGUGGAUUUUGCCUUCACCGUGUGGCAGAGCUUCUCCGAGAGGAUUGUGGGGUACCCAGCACGUAGCCAUUUCUAGGAUAACUCCAAGGAGCGAUGGGGGUACACAUCCAAGUGGACAAACGACUACUCCAUGGUGUUGACAGGGGCUGCUAUUUACCACAAAUACUAUCACUACCUGUACUCCCAUUACCUGCCAGCCAGCCUGAAAAAUAUGGUGGACCAACUGGCCAAUUGUGAGGACAUUCUCAUGAAUUUCCUGGUGUCUGCUGUGACAAAAUUGCCUCCAAUCAAAGUGACCCAGAAAAGACAGUAUAAGGAGACAAUGAUGGGACAGACUUCCCGGGCUUCUCAUUGUGCCGACCCUGACCACUUCGCCCAGCGACACAGCUGCAUGAAUACGUUUGCCAGCUGGUUUGGCUACAUGCUGCUGAUCCACUCUCAGAUGAGGCUUGACCCCGUUCUCUUUAAAGACCAGGUCUCAAUUUUGAGGAAGAAAUACCGAGACAUCUAACGACUUUGA